GAGUUCCGAAUUCCUGAAGUAAACACACGUGCACAUGGUGGAUUGAAAUAUGAAAGAGAAAAUUUUAUCGGGGAAAAAAAGAAAACAGAAAUCAGAUAAAAAAGGAAGCGACUCUCCCACAAAAAAGAAAAAGCAAGAGGAUGAGAAAUAUACAGAAAUUAGAUUCAAAUUUGAGCUCAGGGAUCCAAAUCUGACAUUUUUAGCUUUGGACAAGUUUGUCAAGCAGGCAGAGGAGUAUGGAUCAGAGAGCAAUGAGUACGACAUUGUGACUGGAUACUGUAGGUCCUCUCCGGAGUGUACCGAGAUACUACAGCUGUUAGAGGGAGGCAAGAGAAAGGAGAAAGAGCUGCAUAGCAUCUUUGGUGUAUUAGAAGCCAUACUGCUCCGCCUUUUAGAUGACCUAAGGUUAACCAAACAUGCUCCUGUUGGUAAAGUCAUUCUACAGAAGAUCUUGUCUGUGGGUAUGCCAUCAGUAUACUUUAUGUUGGGACCUCAGGUGAAGGCAUCAGCUGUGAAGACAACACUGAGGAUGCUAGGGGCACUGGUGAUGCUGGGAGAAAAUGGGGCUAAGGCUCUACUCUCACAGCUAGACACCUCCCACAAACAUAUCCAGUCUUUGUUUAACAGGAGGGACCUGAAGGAUCCACAGGAUGUAAGGACUUGCCUUAUUCACUUUAUCAUGUCAUUUCUUUUGGUGGGAAGUAACUCUGUCAUACAGCAGCUUAUAAACAUCAAAGGAUUUCUGAACUCCUUGUUUAAUGGUUUAACAAAAGACAAAGCUGCAAACAUUAAACUGAUCUUAAAUACACUAUUGGAAAAGGUUAUUGAGAAUGAAACCAUUACAAAAACUCAGAAGUUGCGACUGUUUAAUGACUACUCCCUGAGUCAGAUCAGUCUGCUGUAUAAGUGGACGGGGCACCCGGAACAAGGGGAGGGAACCAACACAGAUGAUAUAGAGGAGAUUGAAACACAUUCCAGUGAAGAUAAAGAGAUGGUGAUAAAAAUGGCACAUAAACUACUAAUGGAGAUUUGUUGUUCUCACAAAAAUGGCAUAAACUUUUAUGACAAAACAUUAGGGACAGGUGGAAAAAACCAGAAUCAGUUAUUGACCAAUUUCCUGACAUCUGUAUCUAAGACUGUUGAUGGAAAGGAAGUACAGGAUCUAAUUUGCCAGAUUCUUAAAACAUGCCCAGAUCAGAUUCAGCAUUAUCUCCCUUGUUUGAUCAAGAACAUACCACCAAGACCCACCAGUAGAUGGUGCUCUACCAUGAACUUUCUGUGUGAGAUCUACACACAUCAGCCAGACAGUCCAGUUGUUCUGAAGUCUAGUCAGCAUCACUCACCUGUAAAAUUCGUGGAGAUGGUUAUGGUUCACUUGAUACCCAUACCUGCGAUUCUGACACCUGUUCUACAGUCUCUUAAGCACCCCCAUUCCAGUGUUCAGUAUUUUGGGAUGAAGUUUCUGGGUGUUCUACUGCAGAAGUCUGUGAACUUUCUGCACUGCCUUAAUGAGGAGAGUGUAAAGCCUUCAUCUUCUGUUUAUAACCAAUCAGAGAGGCAGGAAAUUGUAAAACUCUUCAAGGAAAAUAUUCUAAAGAUAUUUCCAGAUUGUAAAUUGAUUAUGAGUUGUUGGAGGGAUCUCUUGUUUCCUAAAAAGUUGUCAGAGCAGAAAAUGACUCCAAUGAAGGGGACAGAGGUUAACAGUGAAGAUAAGACUGAUGAGAAGGACUUAACAAAAGAUGAGGGUGUUCCAGAAAUUCUGCAAUCAGAUCACAUGGUUGAGAUAGAGAAAGCUCUGUGUCUUCUGCAAGAGUUCUCCCCAUCUGUUCUUGUGGAUAAUGCAGGGGACAUAAGUCUGUUGUUGGAAGGUGUCAGGAAAAUCUCUGAGGAAUUAUCUCCUCUUGAAGUCACUGGGAAGAGUGGUGAUGUUGCCAUGGAGAUUGAAGAGAGGUCACAUGACCAGCAGAGGGCACUGUUACCCCAGCUUUAUUUGUUGAAGCUCCUGGCUGGUACAGAUGCACGUAAGCUGCCUUGGACACAACAGAGUCAAGAUGGACGUUCUUUGAUUUACCUGCUGUUAGAUAUGUUGUGCAAAAUAUCAGACUCUGAAAUGCUGAACAAAGUGGAACUCUUAUUAGUACAGCUGCUACACAGUACCGGAUUGUUUGAACAUAAUAUCAGGGAGUUAGAACUUUGGAUCAAGCACUUCACCAAGUUUCCUCAGAAACAAGCCAUUCAGCAGUCAUUGGCUGGAACGUUUACUACCUACAUUAGCAACUCCAUGUCUUAUGUGGACAGACUUUGUAUUCACAUGUCAAAGGUCAUAUCUUCUGAAACAGACAAUGCUGCUAUGGAAACUGAAAAUGUUACCACUUUUGACAAUGCAUUGAAAGCUGUUUUAGAAAUGGAUGAAGAAGACUUUGACAACAUAAAUGGUGAAAUGGAGGCAUCCUCAGAAACUAGUUUAUUAAGACUUCCAUUUACACCACUGAUGAUUGUUGCCUUGGAGAUCAAUAAGAAAACCAUGGAAACUGAAAAUGAAUGCCAGGAUACUCCAGAAUUGAGCCAGUAUCUGUCAGGAGUUCUAAUUGACAUUCUUCAUUCCCAAGUUGAACCUGUGACAAUAACAAAACUAGUAAAGGAACUCCAUGGUGAUACAAUAAGUGCAGAUGUACUAAAAUACAUGGAAUCUUUACUCAAACCAGGAAAGAAGAAAUUAAAACAGAAGUCUGUGAGGGUGAAAAUAAACAUGGAGGACCUGUAUUUCACGGCAAAACCUGUUUGUCUAGAGUUGAUGAUUAUAAUGUUGUGUAAAGAUGCGACUGAGGAGAUAAAAAAGGCAAUCAGGAAUGAACUGAAGUCUGUCAGUCUGAUUGAAUUAGAUACCGUUGUCAGCCAGAUUCUUCUCUAUUGUGGAAUUUUACUCAAAACACAAAAUGCUGAAGACAUCGAUUUGCUGAAUUUCUGCUGGGAGAUGUUAAAUAUUAUACUAACUACUAUGAUUAAUGAUGCUACCAUGAAUGAACCUGAAGUCAUGGAAUCUGGGGGAUCACAAAAUAAAUUAGAUGUAAAUAUCAAAUUCAUAGAAUUUCCAGAAAAGUCCAGAGAAGACUACAUAGAAGAAAUGCUACAGAAGAUUUUAAUGCAUCCUUCUGUAUUCUCUUAUUUCUUAUUUCCUUCUGGGGAGAUAACUCUUGGCAGAUCAGCAGGUGCUUGUAAAGACAUGGUGAUCUGUACCACACAGGGCUUGUGCAGUAUUCUGAAAGAGGUGAAAUCACUCCCUCAGGGAACACUGUCUAAAUGCUUGGAUGGAUAUUUUCACAAGGGUUUGACUCUAUUAACUGACAAAAAGUAUGCAAGAAGUGCUACCAUGACAACACAUCUGAACAGUUUUCUACAAUCCGCAGAGAUUUUCAUCAGCAAAGAACAUGUCAACAAAUUACUUUCAAUAUUACUUUCACUUUCUUUAUCAGAUUUGACAAACAUUGGAACUAGAUCUCUGACAGAAAAGGGAAUGGUGCUUCUUACUCUACUUGACAAAGUUAAAAAUAAAGAACAAGCUGCAAUACCAUUCCUGGACUUUAAUAGAUUCCAAACUCUGUUCACCCUUAUUGACCGUUUGGAUCUUGUUGACAUAGAAACUGCUUGUUUGAAUUUAUUAACCCUUUAUCCCAUAGCCUCUUUAGCUAUGCCAAAAGACGUGUUCAUUAAAUCCUUGAAAUCUGAUUCAGUUUUGAGAAUGGAGAUACUGUGUAUUGUAAUUUGUCAGAGUGCUGAGGCUAAGGAGUGGUUUGAGUCUUGGAUCAGUAACAGAGACACAAUGGAUCUAAGGCCUGCACUUCUAUCAUUGCUGCUUCAGUACAUUGAUAUGUACCCAAAAAGAUUGUUAGAAAGCAAAACAUUUCUGCUUCAAAUCUUAAAGAUGUAUGGGAAAUGUUUACAUCUGAUGAAAGAGAAACAAAGCAUCCCAUUGGAGGAUGGUAACCAAUCAGAAGCAACAGAUGGAGUAAGGAACAGCCCAGCUGAAGUAAUGAAAAGGCUAACUCUGAAACUUAACAGAUUGGGGGUUUUAGGUGCAACCUUGGAAGAGAAAGUCAUCACCCUCAUCUCAACAUUAAUGACGGAGAGAACAAAUCUGUGUCCUCUUCUCAUCAAUAUUCUAUCCCAGCUGUGUGGAAAUCAAGAGGAUACAAAGAGGCGGGGCCUGUUGUUGAGGAACUGUCAAUCAUGUCUUCUUCUCAGUCUGAAAAACAAACAAACCAGAGAAGAAAACUGGAUAGAGUCACUGCUGAAUGUUCUUACUUCCUUCAGCAAGGAUGAAAUAAGAGAGUUGUACACGACUAUCAUGAUAAAAGAAUGGCCAGACUUUGUCAAAACUUUACUGAGAUACAGAUAUUCAGACAAGCCAACAUUACAGCUCCUGACUACACUGACAGAUAUUAUUUACCAAGAUUCUCCUGAAGCAGACACACCUGUAUCACCAGAUCUACCUGUUCAACAUCUACAUGAUAUGCUUAUCAGCCACUCUCAGUAUCUACCAAUCAUGUUCAACGAGGGUCAUCCAGAUGUCAAAGAGCCCCUAGUGGAUCUUAUGACUCUGCUGGUGGAGAAAGACAGGAGAUGUUGCCACACCCAACAUAUCGGGGUCCUCCUCGGGGCCUACACAGCUUCCCUGUCAUCUACUGAUCAGAAGAUUCUAAGACUGCUGUGUUUGUAUGAGAAAAACAAGGCAGACUUAAGGAGCUACAGACCAUAUCUGUGGGGGAUGAAGGCAGUUGAGGUUCACUCUGUUAAGAAAUCUCUGGGUGCCUCCUUGACGAAGCAGACAACAGCAGACGAGGUCAUGGAGUGUCUGGACCAGAAGAUCCUACAGACGUCCAUCUUAAAACUGCCUCUCAGGAGGCUGAUGCAGCCUGGUACAAUACAGGAAGCUGAGGUGAUCAAGUCUGUACCUGAAGCCUAUGAUCCCUGCUUUCUUCUCCCUGUCUUCAGUGAACUUGUCAGAUCUGAGUCUGUUUUGGAUUGCCGUAAGUUUGUAGAAAACCAAUGCUUGUCUUUCACCUUUGCCUGCCUGAGUUGCCAUGACAGCAUGAUGCGGGGUGCAGCUUACCACAUUCUCAAUAACUUCCUGUCCCAUCUACAGGGGGCACGCUUCCCUGAGGCCAAGCAGGUCCUCUAUUUUGUGGAGCUAGUGAAGAAUAGUAUAGAGACACCAAACACAAAGCUGCCAUGUAUUAUUACAUUGUUUCUGGCCAAAGUCUCCACAGAGCUUCUCAAGCCAGAAGACCACAUGUACAAGAUGUUGAAUGCCUUUCUGUUGUUGAAGCCAGCUAUGGAUACAGGAAAUGUUCCAGAAUUCUACAAACUCUUCAACAGCUCAGCACUAGAGUACAAACUAGAGAGAGCCUGGAUGCUGGGUUUACUGUCAGAGGGCCUAAGAGAGACGGCAGAUUUCCACAUCUUUGAGAAGCGACACAUUUUGAAGAUGUUGUUGUCAUUCUACGAAUCCAGUAUCAGUGACAACUCUACACAGCUACAAGUACUGCAGAUUUUGAGAGCAGCCAGUAAGGAAAGAAAGGUGACCUCUGACCUGGUUAGGAAUCAUGGGAUUUUAACCUGGUACUCUGCUAUGUUGCAGUCAAAAUCAUUGCCUGUAGAUCAUUUGAAGAUACUGCUAGAGAUUUUACACAAUACAUGGAACACAAUGCUGGGUGAGUCGCACAGAACAGGAACACAGGAGAAAAUGGCCUCAGACUCAGGCAAAGCAGUGGAAGACAACAGCAGAGGGACAGACAACCAAACACAGGUCUCACAGAGCAGCGGUGUGGGAGAGGACAACACAGUGACAGACAACCAAACACAGGUCUCACAGAGCAGCAGUGUGGGAGAGGACAACACAGUGACAGAUAACAGAGAUGAGCAAAUGGAAAGAAAGCCCAGUCUUACUGAACCAGAAAUGAAGUCCCUCCCAGUCUCGUUCACCAGUCAGAUGAUCCAUGUGAUGAAACAAGUUCUUGCCAAAGUCAGCAGUGAGGUGAAAUUGGAAUCUUACUGUCAGCUACUGGAGACCUUAAUAUCCAUCUUAGGUUACACCGAUUUCCCCAGGGAGAAAAAUCAAGGUGUGCUUCACAGAUAUCCUCAGCAUAACUUGACAAUUAGAGAUGCUUUAUUGUUGUUAGGUAACCUUUGUAACUAUGGUGAUGACCUUGAGACCCUUCAGUGUGUGUCCUCUGCUUUAAAGGCUUUGAGGCUAGAAAAUAUUUCUAGGUAUGAAACUAAUCAAAAAUUAAUCAAGAAGAGUUCAGGUGAUUCAGGUAGUUUUAAUACACAGAGGAAAUCUGAAGAAAUGAAGAAAGUGAUUGGACUGACAUUAGAAUCAUUGAUUCAUUGGAACCCUUCUUAUUUGCUUAGCACUCAUUCUACAGAGAAAAUUGUUCCUUUGUGUAUUGGAGUCAUCAUUAUUAGUUCAUGGCUUCUCAAACAAAAUCAAAACGUGAUUGGUUGUCACUUUUGGAAACUCUUUGUUGAUUGGCUGCAUUCAGUACUGAUGACAUCUAGAAGUUUCACAGAAGUGUUAUCAGAAUGUCCAAAAGAAGGACAGAUUAUAUUAGAGGGCCUGUUUGGCCUGUAUUCUCAUCUCAGUAAUUGCAUUCCGCAUGUCACUGAAGUGGAUGCCUCAGAUCAGGGGAAGAUAAUUCUGAGAGACAGAGAAUCACAUUUGACUGGCAAUCGGAGCAGGACAAUAAAGAAACUUAAUGAAAUGGUUUACCUGCUGUGUGAACUGAAAACUGAUAUCAAAGAGAAGUCAUGGAAGGAUUUCUCAUCUAAGUACAGAAAGAUAACAGAACCUGAGAACCAGUCAAUUCUCCUGAGACAGCAUUUACUGCAACAUCUGACAGACUCAUCUAAUCAGAAAACAGCCAUUAUGUUCAAUAGUUAUUCAAAAUUAAAAAAAUAUAAAAAUUAUAGGUUUAUAAGUGAGUGUGUCUAAAACAGUUACAGACCAUUAAGUGCCUCUAAACUUUGAGAGCUAUAUGUAUAUUUUACCACACCUAUAUAAGUCAUCAUUUCAUGCCCAUGAUCUUCUUAGGAAUAAAAAGCAUUUGAAAGCAUGACAAUUAACAACUGCGCUAUGAAGAUUUUUCUGUGAAACUUUGAUAUAGUAGGGAAACUUUGUGUAGCUAUUCCUAUUUCACACUGAAAAUUGUUCUAGUAAUGGUUGUAAAUUGCUUCAUUGACCAUGAAGCCUGAUUCCUUAUAAAAUACUGAUGCAUGAAUAAUUAAACAGAUGAUGUCUA